AAGUGGUCCCGGCCGGGAGCCGGGAGGUGCGGCCACAGCAGGUGCCGGCGUGGACCAUGCUGCUGUCUCUGAUGCUCCACACGUUCUCUCUGCGCUUCGUGCUGCCGGGCGCGAUGCUCCUGGGCACGGCCCCCACCUACAUCCUGGCCUGGGGGGCCUGGAGGCUGCUCUCCUGCUUCCUGCCCACCCGCUUCUACCAUGCGGUGGACGACCGGAUCUAUAGCAUCUACCAGAACAUGGUGCUCUUCUUCUUCGAGAACUACACCGGGGUGCAGAUAUUGCUAUAUGGGGAUUUACCACAAAAUAAAGAAAAUAUAAUAUAUAUAUCAAAUCAUCAAUCCACAGUUGACUGGAUUGUUGCUGACAUUUUGGCUGCGAGGCAGAAUGCUCUGGGACAUGUGCGCUAUGUGUUAAAAGAUAGAUUAAAAUGGCUUCCAUUGUAUGGCUGUUAUUUUUGUAAGCAUGGUGGGAUCUUUGUAAAGCAAGGUGCCAAAUUUAACGAAAAAGAAAUGAGAAACAAGCUGCAGAGCUACGUGAAUACAAGAACGCCGAUGUUUCUUGUGAUUUAUCCAGAAGGAACAAGACUUGAUAUGGAACUAACCAAAGUUCUUUCAGCUAGUCAAGCAUUUGCUGCUCAAGAAGGUCUUGCAGUAUUAAAACAUGUGCUGACACCAAGAGUAAAGGCAACUUAUAUUGCUUUUGAUACGAUGAAGAACUAUUUAGAUGCAAUUUAUGAUGUGACAGUGGCUUUUGAAGGGACCAUAAAUGAUAAAGGGCAGCGGCAAAAAGCACCAUCAAUGAUUGAAUUCCUCUGCAACAAAUGUCCAAAGAUCCAUAUUCACAUUGCUCGAAUAGACAAAAAAGAUGUCCCAGCAGAGCAGGCAUACAUGAGAAGGUGGCUUCAUGAACGUUUUGAAAUCAAAGAUAAGAUGCUUAUAGAAUUCUAUGAUUCAGUGGAUCCAGAGAGAAGAAACAGAUUUCCUGGGAAAAGUGUUAAUUCCAAACUAAGCCUUAGGAAGACUUUGCCAUCAGUACUAAUCUUAACUGGUUUGACUGCGGUUAUGCUGAUGACAGAUAGCGGAAGGAGGCUGUAUGUGAGAACAUGGAUAUAUGGAACACUGAUUGGCUGCUUAUGGGUUAGUAUAAAGAAGUAGCCAUCGCCAUUCAGUAGAACGUGCUACACUUUCUAUUAUUGGUGGCUGCACAUUACAUCAAAUUGUUUCCUGAGUUUACUAGAAGUGUAAAUAAAGCCUUGUUGAUUGAACAUUGGGUAAAAUAGAAUUUCUGACUAAAGCCUGUAUGCAGUUGGUCUUGGGCAAUACAUUGUUUUACAACUUUAGUGCUGAUGUUGCUGGACAGGUCAAAGCUAAAUGAAAUGUAUGCUUUACUUUGCAUUUCCCAUGAACUAGUGUCAACUGCAAGGGGUUGCUAAGGCUGUAACAAUUUGUUACAGCUGGCUGUAUUUAACUGGCAAUGUGCAGUAUGUAUCAAUCACCGUGUUAUAUUUUAUUUUUUACAACUGACCCCAAAUUCUUAUCACAAAAGUAUCUAGUAUCUUGCACACAUGUAAUAGUUUCCUUUUUGCUUAGUUUCUCAAAGUCAGUCAAUCAGAGAAAUUGUAUUAAGUAUCAAAAUAUUCCAAGAAAAAUGCAAAACAAUGUUCGUGGGGAAGAAGCUCUGUUUGCACAUGUUUUUAUUGUAGUGCAUUUUUAGCUAACUUCGUGUUUUUAUAUUGCAAAGUAAUUUAACAUUUCUAAUACUUAUUAAGACAGCUUAAUUUGCACAUGCUGUACUGUGCACAAAAGAAUGUUUAAAUUAGGAGAAUUACAUUUAAGUUAAAAUUGUGACAGAUUUGAUCUAGCAGAACUUUAAAUUGCCCAACUUGUAAAAACAUUUUAGUUAAGCUAAUAGUACUUUGCAACAUCUGUGCCAUAAGUAUUCAAGAUCAGUAAGAUAGCUUGUUAUUUUUUUUCACAUCAAAAUAAUCAGUGUAAACUUUUACUGGACCCUGGGUUCAGAGAUAUUUGAAGGAGAAGCCUUCAAAUGUUCCAACUAGAUUCACUAGCAUGUGCCUUUUGCCUGUUGCUCUUUGAUUUGACAAUGUAUUUAAUCCAAAAAAUCAUUUUUAAUGUUAUCAUGAUGUAGACUUGCACUGUUACUCUUGUUCUUCUCAUUUGGAUUCAAGUCAUCGGUGCUGUUCAA